AAUCUUCCUCCUUCAAGAACAGUAAGGAGAGACAGUAUAGCCAGAAACAGAUCCAGAUUUAUCCAAUCCAAUGAGGCAAAUCUAAUUCCAAGAAUUUUGCCUAAAAUUUCAAAGAAAUGCAAAGUAUCUUUAUCUUUUUCGUUUGUUAUUUUUUGCCCCAAACCCACUUUCUAUAAAAAUCUUUUGCAGUACCACAAAUUGUACUAAUCUCUGACACCCACUUGUGCCACUGACAAAUGAGACCUACAUAUAAUACAUACGUAUAUUUAAAUAUAAAAAGGAUAAAUCAUUUGACACUAUUCUUGGUUGGUCCCUCAUUUCUAGCUAGCUGUUCAUAUUUUUUACAGCUCGUGAUGAGAUAGAAAGUUUAUGCAUUUUGGAAAGAAAGGAAGCUUGGAAAGGGAGAGGUGUUUUUGUCUGGAUUUGGGAUUUGUGGAGUAUGAGUUGUUUGGGGAAAUAAUAAAACCCUCUUUUCUUUUAUUUUCUAUAAUGUUUUGAUGUAUUCUCCUAGGCCUCUUCUUCCACAUAAUUCAUGCUUGUAGUAUUUAUUUCCUUUUUUUUCUUGAAAGUUUUGUUUUUUCAGUUGAAUUUGUAGAUUUUAGGUAUUAAUUCUUGAAAAUAGUGACCUCUUCCUUUCUUUCUCUCUCUUCCCCCCUCUCUCUCCUCAUCCUUUGAAAGUAGUGUGAGAAAGAAAAAUCAGAUUGUAGGUGCAAGAAAUGAAUGGUGUUGUUGGUCUUGAUGCAGAGGAUUCUGAAUUUGUAGAAGUUGAUCCAACUGGAAGAUAUGGGAGGUAUAAUGAGAUUCUUGGAAAAGGGUCUUCUAAGACAGUUUAUAGAGCUUUUGAUGAGUAUGAAGGGAUUGAAGUGGCCUGGAAUCAGGUGAAACUUUAUGACUUUCUGCAAAGUCCAGAAGAUCUUGAGAGACUGUAUUGUGAAAUUCAUCUGCUCAAAACUUUAAAACACAGCAAUAUUAUGAAAUUCUACACUUCUUGGGUUGAUACUGCAAAUAGGAACAUCAAUUUUGUGACAGAAAUGUUCACCUCUGGCACUCUCAGACAGUAUAGGCUGAAACAUAAGAGGACAAAUAUUAGAGCAAUCAAGUUUUGGUGUAGGCAGAUUUUGCAAGGGCUUCUCUAUCUCCACAGCCAUGAUCCUCCUGUUAUUCAUAGAGACCUCAAGUGUGACAACAUUUUCAUCAAUGGGAACCAAGGUGAGGUCAAGAUUGGUGAUCUUGGCCUCGCUGCGAUUCUCCGGAAAUCCCAUGCUGCGCGUUGUGUUGGUGAGUUCCACGCGAUUGAAAUCUCUCACCCUUGCUUUGGAUUUUGUUUGAAUGCUUCAUUGGUUUUGUCAGGAACUCCGGAGUUCAUGGCUCCGGAGGUGUAUGAAGAGGAAUACAACGAAUUAGUCGAUAUUUAUUCGUUUGGAAUGUGCAUUUUGGAAAUGGUGACAUUUGAAUAUCCCUAUAGUGAAUGCACUCAUCCUGCUCAAAUUUAUAAGAAAGUGAUCUCGGGAAAGAAACCGGAUUCCCUGUACAAAGUUCAGGAUCCUGAGGUUCGUAGAUUUGUUGAGAAAUGCUUAGCGACAGUAUCUGAUAGGCUGUCUGCUUGGGAGCUUCUCAACGAUCCGUUCCUUCAAAUUGAUGAUUGUGGUUACGAUCUGAGGGCGUUGCAGUACCAACGAGAUUAUGACGAACUAGGCCCUCUUUUAAGACAGCCUCUCUUGAGUGCUCAUCAUAGCACAACGAGUUCUUUAGUUAAUGGCUACUCGAAUUAUAUUUGUUAUGAGCAAGAGCACGACUUGGAUUCUCAUUCGGUUGACUACGAAGCAACUGAGAUCAACUUAUUCACGAGUCAAGACGAUGAUCAUUUAGAAAAUGUUGACAUUACCAUCAAAGGGAGAAAGGGUGAAGACGGCAACAUAUUUCUCCGACUCAGAAUUGCUGAUAAAGAAGGUUGGUUUAGUUUAAACUUUAAAUUUCUCGAAUUUGAUUCCACUGUUGAUGCUGAGAAUGGUUCGGGCUUGGUUGUUUCAGGUCGUGUGCGAAACAUAUACUUCCCUUUUGACAUUGAAACCGACACAGCUCUGAGCGUUGCGACUGAAAUGGUUGCUGAGUUGGACAUAACGGACCAAGAUGUGAUUAAGAUAGCAGAAAUGAUCGAUGGUGAGAUUGCUUCCUUGGUUCCUGAUUGGAAACCGGGAUUUGGCAUAGACGAGAGCCCUAAUAUCAAGAACGGUAGCUGCUGCCAAAACUGUGCUCUGAAUGAUGGUUCCGUUGCAGGCUACUUGCCUUCUACCUCGUGCAAGGUCUUGGCCGGGUGUGGCUCUGUCCAUGGCCGCUUUGAAGAGAUCACGUACCAAGUUGAAGGGUCGGAGCAGUGUGUGACCGAUAGUGCUCCUGUAGGGUCAAGCCAGUCCGAUGGUGCUCACUACACGGACAUAUGGGCGCAGCAAGAGGACCACGAAGUGAGUUCUCCAUCAUCCAACGACAAUCAAUUUGAUCAGUCCUCCAAGGAGAAGAAGGAGAGAAUCAUAAGAAACGGCGAUGAGAGUGCCUCCAACGGGAAAGCAUCACCUACAACGAGCAAUUCACCUCUACACGACGACUAUGAGAAUGAGAUAAGGCAGGAGCUGAGAUGGCUCAAGGCCAAGUACAAAAAGCAGAUGAGGGAGCUCACAGAUAAACAGCUCGGGGCAGUGAGAGAUAGAUCGCGGUCAUAUUCAAGCAUUACAAAAGGAGAAACCGAUGGAUUUGAUCUUGAUUGUUCAUCCAACGGGAAGCAUUUCACACUAUUCCCCCUUACAGAUUCUGAUAGAAGCAGUAGUGAUCCCAAGGUUUACAGCUACGAGUCCGCGUAUAAUUCUUGCAGUCCCGUGCACUUAGUCACGGCCAAGAGCUUCUACUCCGGUGGCUUGCUCCCGCAUUCACUCCACAGGGCUACUUCUCUGCCAGUCGAUGCCACGGAGCUCUAGAGCUCGUCUUGCGCGGCUAACCUGAACGCGCAUGUGGCCGCCUCGAGUAGGUUGGGUAUACAAGGGUUCUUGAGAGGUACAUGUAGUUUGGUGGUGGCUUGUAGAUACUCAACUUGAGGUGAAAGUGACUUGGAUUUGAUAUGAGUGAGUGGAUGUACAUUACUAACUGAUUCAUAUAACAGAUAUACCAAAAAAUGGUCCUCAAA